ACCCCGUCCCCGUGUGUUAGAGUAGGUGUGUCCCCUGCUGUCACCCCGUCCCCGUGUGUUAGAGUAGGUGUGUCCCCUGCCGUCACCCACCCUUCCUGCUCCUCACAUAGAUGUGUGGUCUGUUUACCUGGAGGGGCGCUGUCUAUCCAGUGUAACAGGUGCCCUCUGUCCCGGGGCUCAGGCACUGCCUCUGGGGGCUGACUGGGCUCUCAGGCAAGUGCUAUGGGAAUUGGCUCAAGAGGAGCUAGGGUGGCGUGGGCACAAGGCCCCAUGGAUUCUGUCCUUGGAGCUCAAGCCUGUUCCACACCAUGGCGCCAGAUGCUUGCUGUGCCGUCGCUGAACUCUUGGUGGUCUGGUCUUGCUGUGUAAAUCAGCCGUGUUGUCCUUUGCGUCCCUUGCCCUGGCCUGGCCUCCUCCAGCUGCUUGCUCAGGUCUCUUAUAGCAGGUUUGGGUGAUGGGCAGUGCUCCCAGCGUCCUGCACACACCAUGCUCUCCUGAGGUGUGUCUUUGUCACGGGUUCAUGUUCUGGUGCACAUGCUGACGGUCCGUGUCUGUGUCCUCUGUUUUGGGUUGGGCAGCAUCCUGGUGGAGCGGGCACUGAUCUUUCACCUCUCUGUUCCAGGUGCUAGCUGCCACGAGCCCGGUGCUCCCUGAGGAACAUGUCUGUGGGCAUUGGUGCAGGCGCCUGCCUUGCCCCGGGCAGCCAGUCGCCACUCUGAGCAUGGGGAGAUAGAAGGCUGUGGCUGCAGGCUGUGCCAGAGCGCCGACGCUGAGCCAGCUCCACACCCUCGUCCCGAUGGAUCGCAGUAGAGAGGCGGAAGUGGAGCUGAGGAGGGGCCCCAGCCCUCCCCGGGCAGGCCGGAGCCGUGACGGGGAUGGGGACAAGGUGGCGUGCCACAGCUGCUGUCUGUGCGGCAAGAGCUUCGCCUUCCAGAGCUCGCUGUCACAGCACAUGCGCAAGCACACAGGCGAGAAGCCCUACCAGUGUCCCUACUGCGAGCACAGGGCCUCGCAGAAGGGCAGCCUUAAGAUGCACAUCCGUAGCCACCGCACAGGCACCCUGGUCCAGGGCCAUGAGCCACACGCGGCUGAGGGCCCGGACGGCCGUGGCAGCCCCACGAAGAGUACCUCGGCCUGCAACGGGGUCCUGAACGGGGCGGCGCCUGCAGACGGCAGAGUGCUUCUGCGCAGCGGCCGGAGGGAGGCCGAGGGGCCCGGCGCCCCUGAGGACACCGGGGCUGUUGUCCAGUGCACCUUUUGCAAGAGCCAGUUUGGGCGGAAGAAGGAGCUGGAGCUACACGUGCACCAGGUGCACAAGCCCUUCAAGUGCAGGCUGUGCGGCUUUGCCACGCUGCGGGAGGAAUCGCUGCUCAGCCACGUCGAGCGGGACCACAUCACGGCGCAGGUGCCCAACGGCGCCGCUCGGGUCAGUGUGGAGAACGGCAAGCCUGAGCUGAGCCCUGGCGAGUUUGCCUGCGAGGUGUGCGGCCAGGCCUUCAGCCAGACCUGGUUCCUCAAGGCGCACAUGAAGAAACACCGUGGUUCUUUGGACCACGGCUGCCAUGUGUGUGGCCGCCGGUUCAAGGAGCCGUGGUUCCUGAAGAACCACAUGAAGGCGCAUGGCCCCCGGGCGGGUGGCAAGAACCGGCCCCGCAGUGAGCUGGAUGCCGUGGCCACUAUCAACGACGUGGUGCAAGAAGAGGUCAUUGUGGCCGGCCUGUCGCUCUACGAGGUUUGCGCCAAGUGUGGCAACCUGUUUACCAACCUGGACAGCUUGAACGCCCACAGCGCCAUCCACCGGCAGGUUGAGGCUGGACGCACUUGCGCCGCUGCCGAGGAGGGCCCUGCCAGCACUAAGCAGCUCUUCCUCCGGUGCCUGCGCCUGAGACCCUCUGUGGCCAGGGACGUGCUCCCCGGUGGGCAGGCUGGGAAGCGGGUGGCCGAACUGGACCCCGUCAACAGCUACCAGGCCUGGCAGCUGGCCACCCGGGGUAGGGUGGCCCAGCCUGCUGAGUACCUCAAGUACGGGGCCUGGGACGAGGCGCUGGCUGGAGACGUGGCCUUCGACAAGGACCGGCGUGAGUACAUCCUGGUGAGCCAGGAGAAGCGCAGGCGAGAGCAGGAUGUGCCAGCUGCCCAGGGUCCCCCCCGGAAGAGGGCUGGUGUGCUGGGGGACCCCGUGCUGCCCGGCCCGCUGGAUCCACGGCCUGUGGUGCGCCCCAGCCGCAGAGCCACGGCCCCCGUGGGCCAGGGCAAAUCCUCCGAGUGCUUCGAGUGUGGGAAGAUCUUUCGCACGUACCACCAGAUGGUGCUGCACUCGCGGGUGCACCGCCGUGCCCGCCGCGACCGGGAGGGUGACCAGACCGCUCGUGCCCGCUGCAGUUCCCUCAGUGAGGGCGACUCAGUGUCCCAGCCCAGCAGCCCAGCCUCUGCGUGUGCCACCGCUGACUCCCCGGCCUCCGGCCUGGCUGAUGAGGCUGGUGACGACAGCAGUGAGGAGGUUACCGCUGAUCAUGUGCCAGGGGGACAGCCGCGCGGCUGCUGCUUUCCUGACGAGGUGGCGUCCUCUGUGCUCUCCAACGGGGACCCGGCUCGCACCCUCAGAGCCAGCCCGUCCGAGAGAGAGGCUAGCGCGUCCACAGGCCGGAGCGCACUGGACAGCCACGGUAGAGAGACGUCCACGAGGCCUGAGCCGUGCCGGCCUGCUGCCGACUCCAGAAGGUCAGCGACUCACGCUGGUGCUGGCGCUGCCGGGGACCCUGCUCCGGGUGUGGACGGAGCUGCCCCGCCGCUCUCGCCGGAGGGCCGUGCGGGCCACCCUAGGGAAAAGCCUGUGGACGGUCCCCGCGGAGAGCUCCCCGUGGGAGGAAGAAGGGCGCCGGCCGCAGACCUGCUGCCGCUGGACCUGAGUGCCAGGUCGAGCCGGGCCGACCCCAGCAAGAAGGAGGCGGCCUCGUCCUUGCAGGCGUCGCUCGUCAUUCACCCGUGUCCUUACUGCGACCACAAGACCUACUACCCGGAAGUCCUGUGGGUGCACACGCGCAUCUGGCACCGGGUCAGCUGCAGCUCCAUGGCGCCGCAGUGGACCCAGCCCAACGGCCCCCGCGGUGUGAGGAGCAACCUGGCGUUUCUGCCCCGGAGUGGGCGCACCGGGCCCCCGCCCGCCCUGGGCGGCAAGGAGUGCCAGCCCCUGCUCCUGGCCCGCUUCACCCGCACCCAGGUGCCAGGCGGGGCUCCAGGCUCCAAAGGUGGUAGUUCUGCCCCCCUGGCUGCAGGCACCAGAGCAGCCAGCCUGCCCAGGGGCAAGGAGGGCGCCGCCAGCAGCCCGUGUGCCUCGUGGGCAUCUGGUACUGACGGCUGCCGACAGCCCAAACCUGGCCAUGGCCAGGAGCCGCCCCUGCCGAAAGCCAGGCUGGAGGCCGGCUCCAGAGCGGCGCCUGUCCCUGGUGGUGGCAGUGGGGGCUUCAGCAGAAGCGCCACCCCCACCGUCAUCACCCGAGUGGGCCCCCAGCCUCCGGCCAGCAGCAAGCCACUGGAGAAGUCUGGGCCGUCCCCAAGUAAGCACACGGGCCCUGAGCCCUUGAAAGCCAAGUGCAGCCCUCAGGGUCAGGGCCAGCUGCCCAUGGACGCCGAAGGAGGCCCUUCUCUACCUCCCUGUGAGCCCUCUCUCAAGGCUGCCCAGGAGUUGAGGACGCUGGCCAAUUGUGCCCCGGCUUCCCGAGGGGACACGGCCCCGCAGUCCCCGCCUGGGGUGGCCGGGGCGCCCUCCGGCCUGCACGCCGUCCAGCAGGAGCCGGCCACCGAGGGCCCCGAGACGCACCUGGACGUCCUCAAGCUCGUGAAGCCCUCCAUUCCAAAGGACUUGGCCACUCUCUGCCAGGGCUGGGGUGCCGGCGGCCCCGGGCCGGAGCACAGAGGGACGCUCCGGUCACAGCCGCGCCCCGGAGACUUCAUCUGUGCCGAGUGCGGGAAGAGCUUCCUCCAGCCCGGCCACCUCAGGGCCCACAUGCGGGCGCACACAGGGGACAGACCGCUAUAACACGGGGUCCGCCAAGACCGUGCCUCUCGGAGCGGAGAUCAGGGCCCCGUCGGAGCAGCCCCGGCCCACACGCCCCUUCCCUGCUGAGGAGCUGCGGCUGUCUGCUCAUCCCUGCUUCCCGGAGCCACGUGCCAGCGCGGGCACCUGAGGACGACACCUCUUCCUGGUCCACGCCAAGAGAAAGGGAAAGUGCUGUCUCCCGGGAUCCCGUGGUGAUGCCGCUGGGCCCUCGGGUGCUCGCCGGCUGGCGGGUCUGCCGCUGGGUUCAUGGGCUUGCCGGUUCACAGGCUGUGACCGGUGUGGUCCAGCAGGUGCAGCGGCAGCCCUGCAUCUGUGCUGCUCAGGAUGGGUUGGAGAUGCUGAAGGAGGACCUGGUGGUGUGCUGGGCAGAGCGGCCGAUCUGUGGGCUGGCGCGCCCUGCUGAUGCUCAGUGGGCUGGCAGAGGGGACCAGGCCACCACAGUGUCCCCACCACUGUGUCCCUUUCCCUCGUGGGUGUGCUGGGAGGUCAGAGAAGGAGGCGCACCUGGGAAUCGGGCUUGAGCCAGGGCGGUGACGAGAGCAUCCCUCGGUGGCGGCUCACAGGCUGUGUCCUGGCUGACCACCCAUGGUGUCGGGCGAGGCCGCCGAGCUGUGCCUGACCGACCUAGCUGUGUGUCUUCUGCUUCGGGAAGUGAGGGCUACUUGAACACUAACAAAAGGAAAAAACAAAGCGGCUUCUCGCUCGGUUCAUUCUCAGGACAUUUUUGUAACAGGGCUACACUGCAGACUGCUCACGAAGGAAGAGCCUGCGUUCCGCCCAGCCGUUCAGCCACUGAGUCCCCCGACCAGCACCUGUCGCGCUGGCGGCAUGUGGGGGCGCGUGUGGGGCUCCGGGGCCCUGGGUGCUGGUGCUCUGGGGCCCGUGGCCGCCUGCCCGGCUCCCCGCAGGACGGGCACGGCCGUGGGCAGCGGCUUUAUAUACCUCCUCCUCAGCGAUGCAGACACGUUCUCGGGGCAGCGGUCCCGGCCCGCCCACGCCUGCGGCCCUCCCCCUGGCCGUGACAUUUCUGAGAAUUUCAGAUCUUUGCACAUAGCAAUGUUAUGCAUUAUCAAAAGUUACUGCUGCCUUGAAUGAAAAAGAUGUUCUGUGAAAUUUUUUGCAAAAGCUUUACUAGGUUUUUUUUAAUUGUGAAAUUUUAUAAAGGCAGGAAAUGGAUUAGAACGAGCAUGCUAAGUAUAUUUUUCAAAAAAAGCAAUAAUUUUACAUGUACAGAAAUGAUCCUAACCUUUAAUAUUGAUGCAAGCAACAGUUUACUUACUCCAGUAAUGGGUCAACACAGCUUUUGUAGAAAAUGGGCUUCUGGUGCGAGGACUCGUAGCAGACACACACAAACCCCAAGUGUGGCUUCCUGUUCUAAUGACUUGUUGAAUUAUUAUUAUUAUUAUUAUUAUUAUUGGUUUUGUUAUUAGUUCACGUUUUGCUCUGGAUUCUAGUUGUUACUGCGUCUCAGUUACUUGACGGUUCAGGUUGCUUUGCGGCCGAGAUUGCAAUGUAACUGGCUAGCAUACAGCCUAUAAAUAUCUAUUGUUAUUAUUAUUUUAUUAUUAUUAUUUUGUACUUCCUUCCUGGCAUUCUCAUGCCAGGCCCGGACGAGGACAGCCUGCCGCGAGCAUGUCAUCGGGGGUGUGCCCGCAGGCGCAGUCGGGGCGGCUGCGCUUGGCCCGGGUGGUCGCAGCAUGCUGCCCUGUCCACUGCAGGAGGCCUGCCUUGCCAUGUCACCGUCUCCACGGUCUCCCUCUAGUGGCCGUUUCUGCACUUUCUGUGUCUGUUUCCUGGGCUGGAAAGUCACUGGUGACAGCGAGGAACGUGCAGGGACCAGCGACGCGGUGCUGUCUGUCUCUCUGUGUCUUAGUUAUUAAAGCAACUUAACAUACCCAAAGGUA